GAAGCAUCAGUCUUUUUCUUUAUUCAAUCCAAACCCAAAAACAUGGCUUUCUCAAAAUCUUCUUCUUCUGCGAUUUUCGUUGUUCUUUUGUUUGCUUUCAUGGCUGUGUCUCCAGCCUUAGAUAUGUCUAUUAUCAGUUAUAAUGAAAAACAUGGUGUUGUGUCUAGUGAUGAGAGAACAGAGAAAGAGUUAUUAGAUCUGUAUGAAUCAUGGCUUGUACAACAUGGCAAGAAUUAUAAUGCUUUAGGUGAAAAAGAAAGGAGGUUUGAGAUUUUUAAAGAUAAUCUCAAGUUUAUUGAGGAACAUAAUUCUGAAAAUCAUUCUUAUCAAGUUGGUUUGAAUAGUUUUGCUGAUUUGAGUAAUGGUGAGUAUAAGCAAAUGUAUUUGGGUACAAAGAUUGAUCAAGAGAAGAGACUUGGUAACCCUAAAUCAGAUCGGUAUGCUGUUAAGCUUGGGGAUAAGCUUCCUGAACAUGUUGAUUGGAGAGAAAAAGGUGCCGUGGUUGAUGUCAAAAAUCAAGGAAGUUGUGGUAGUUGCUGGGCUUUUUCGACUAUUGCUGCGGUGGAAGGUGUUAACAAAAUUGCUACCGGAGAAUUGAUCUCACUCUCCGAACAAGAGUUGGUGGACUGUGAUACAUCUUACAACCAGGGAUGUAAUGGAGGUCUCAUGGAUUAUGGGUUCCAGUUCAUCAUUAAGAAUGGUGGAAUCGAUACCGAAGAUGAUUACCCUUACAAGGCUAAAGAUAACAAAUGUGAUGUCAACAGGAAAAACUCCCAUGUAGUGACUAUUGAUGGGUUCGAGGAUGUGCCCGUAAAUGAUGAGAAGGCUUUGCAGAAAGCUGUGGCAAACCAGGUUGUCAGUGUUGCCAUUGAAGCUGGUGGCCGAGCUUUCCAACUCUACAAAUCGGGCGUAUACACUGGAAGAUGUGGAACAGCUUUGGACCAUGGUGUGAAUGCCGUUGGAUAUGGUACAGAAAAUGGUGUAGACUACUGGAUUGUGAGAAACUCUUGGGGACCUAAAUGGGGAGAAAAAGGUUACAUCCGCUUGGAGCGUAAUUUGGCUGACACUAACAAAGGAAAGUGUGGUAUCGCAAUGCAAGCCUCUUAUCCCGUGAAGAAGGGCUACAACCCCCCUAAACCUGCUCCUUCUCCUCCUUCUCCCUCAAAGCCAUCAAAUGUUUGCGACAACUCUUAUUCAUGCCCCGCGGGCAAAACCUGUUGCUGUGUGUACGAGUAUGGUCGUUAUUGCUUUGCCUGGGGAUGCUGUCCUAUGGAAUCCGCAACUUGCUGCGAUGAUCACUACAGUUGCUGCCCUAAGGAUUACCCUGUUUGCAACACUGAAGCUGGAACUUGUCAAAUGAGCAAGGAUAACCCAAUGUCAGUAAAGGCUCUAAAGAGGACUCCUGCAAAACCAUACUGGGCAUUCAGGAAAGUUGGAGGUAUCCACGUCUGAGCUGUUGGGUGUUGUGUUUUCUUGGUCCAGGGAGUUAAAAGUGGUGGAAGCUGCAGUUGUUGAGGAUUGGUUUCUUGGUUCCCUUUCUUUGGUCGAUUUUAACACACAAAACAUACAGAGACAUUCCUAUCAACCCUUGGUCACGAAAGAAGACUGAUAACUGGGUUGGCUGGUGGAUAUCCAGUUGAUUAAUAUGGAUUUCUGAUUAUUGUACAAACAUUUACAUUUCCUAGUUGCAAAAACGGAUGGCUCAUUAUCAUUGCCAAUUUGCUUUUAAGUUGCAAGUUUCAGUCUGUAAAUAUUGUCUUCCUUCUACUGAAGUCACUGAAAGUCUUAAUGAAGAAUUGUUAUCCAUUUGUUUCCA